AUGGCAUCGUUGGAAAAAUCUCAAGCUGACGUGGAAGUCGCAGCGGCACUUUCAUCGCUUUCUAUUUCGUAUGAAAAGCAUGAACAUCGUGAAUUACCGACAACUGAGGAUGUCAUUGCUGAGUUAAGUCAUUUACCAGGUCUCUCGACUAAAAAUUUGGUAUUGAAAGAUAAAAAAGAAGGUCUUUUUCUUGUGACGGCUGCUCCAACUACUGUCGUGGAUACAAAAAAGCUUGGUGCACAAUUGCAUUCUGCUGGUAUUGGAGGGACGAAGUGGAAUUUACGUUUGGCUGCUGAAGAUGUGCUUGCAUCGACUCUUAAAGUUACCAAAGGUUCCGUCUCACCGCUUUGUGUUAUGCAUGAUAAGAUGAAUGCUGUGCGUCUCGUACUGGACAAGGCGUUAGUGGAUGCAACACAAAUCAAUUGCCAUCCACUACGUAAUGAUCAGACAUAUAGCAUUCAAACGAAUGAUCUUCUCACGUUUGUGAAACAUUUCAAUCACGAACCUAUUGUUGUGGAUUUUGCUGCUCAAUUCGAAGAAACAACAAGUUCUACUGCUAGUAGUUCCAAACCUUCAACAAAGAAAGAAAACUUUGCGGAUUGGUACACAGAUGCAAUCACAAAGUCUGGAAUGAUUGACUACUAUGAUGUGUCUGGAUGUUAUAUUUUACGUCCGUAUUCAUACGAAAUUUGGGAACGUAUUCAAAAUUUCUUGGAUCGAAAUUUAAAAGCAAUUGGAGUGAAAAAUUGUUAUUUUCCCAUGUUUGUGACGAAAGAAAAAUUAGAACGUGAAAAAGACCAUUUGGAAGGUUUUGCACCUGAAGUGGCAUGGGUGACAAAAUCUGGGACAUCGGAGUUAAAAGACCCAAUUGCAAUUCGUCCCACAAGUGAAACGAUUAUGUAUCCAGCAUUUAAAAAUUGGAUUCGUAGUCAUCGUGAUUUGCCUAUGAAAUUAAACCAAUGGAAUAAUGUUGUACGAUGGGAAUUUAAAAACCCAACUCCAUUUUUGCGUACACGAGAGUUUUUAUGGCAAGAAGGUCAUACAGCUCAUGGUACAAAAGAAGAAGCUGAUGAAGAAGUGCGUACAGUUUUAAAUUUCUAUGCCGCUUGUUAUGAAGAACUUUUAGCUGUGCCUAUGAUUAAAGGUGUGAAAACCGAGAAAGAAAAAUUUGCUGGAGCAGAUUAUACGACGACAAUUGAAGGAUUUAUUCCUGCUACUGGACGUGGGAUUCAAGCUGCAACAUCGCAUAUGCUUGGACAAAAUUUUGGAAAAAUGUUUGGAAUUACUGCUGAAUAUGAAGAUGGCAAGAAAUUAAUUCCAUGGCAAAAUUCUUGGGGUUUUACAACUCGUUCGAUUGGAGUGAUGGUCAUGGUACAUGGGGAUGAUAAGGGGUUGGUUUUACCACCACGUGUUGCACCCGUUCAAGUUGUAAUUGUCCCAAUUCCAUAUCAGAAUCAGACUGAAGUUGAGGAAAUGUUUGCAAAAACAGAUGAAAUUGUUGCCAAUUUGACAAAUGUUGGGGUACGAAUUGAAGCCGAUAAACGUCGUGGGUAUACACCUGGAUGGAAAUACAAUUAUUGGGAAUUGAAAGGUGUACCCCUUCGUUUUGAACUUGGUCCAAAGGAUAUUGCUCAACAACAAGUACGUGUUGUACGUCGUGAUACUGGAAUGAAAGAAGAUAUUCCAGAGUCAGAUCUUGCGACUCGCAUUCCGAAUUUAUUGGAAGAGAUUCAACAUGAUAUGCUUCAUCGUGCUACGAUUUUACGUGAUCAACAUAUUCGAGAAGUAACAGAGUGGAAAGAUUUCGUACCAUGUCUUCAAGAUGGAUGUAUGGCUUUGACUCCUUUUUGCAAUGAAAUUGAGUGGGAAGAAAUAGUCAAGACGAGAUCACGUGAAGAAUCGCUGAGUUUAAUGGGAAUACAAGAUGAAGCAGAAAACACAGCGACAAGUGCUGCUGCUAAGACCUUGUGCAUUCCUUAUCAAAAGAAUGAAGAGAAUCCGGUGAUGGAUGGAACCAAGUGCUUUAUCAGUGAUAAGCCAGCGAAAUGUUGGGUACUUUGGGGACGUAGUUACUAA